AUGGACGACAAAGAACAGAAAUCCCACCACCCACGACAAGCUGGUGCAAAAAAAGACAAAAAGGAGAAGAAACAUAAGAAUAAGGAGAGACAUAAUCCAAAAGCGUUUGCUCCAUUCUCCGGACGAAAAGCCGAGAAACUUGCUCGACGAAAACAAGAGUUAAGUCAAAAGAAACUUCAUGUUCCGCUUGUUGAUAGAACACCUGUUGUACCGCCUCCUGUAAUUGUUGCAGUGGUUGGACCACCUAAAACCGGUAAAACUACAUUGAUAAAGUCGCUUGUGAAGCGAUAUUCUAAACAUAAUUUGACCGAAGUGAAAGGACCGAUCACCGUGGUCAGUGGCAAACACCGUCGAUUGACGUUUGUUGAAUGUGCGAACGACAUGAAUUGCAUGAUUGACAUUGCAAAAGUUGCGGAUUUGGUAUUACUACUGAUUGACGCAAGUUUUGGCUUUGAAAUGGAAACAUUCGAAUUUCUCAACAUUCUUCAAGUCCACGGAUUUCCAAAAAUCAUGGGAGUCCUUACCCAUCUCGACAAAUUUAAAAACAAAAAAUCCUUACGCACCACAAAAAAACAACUCAAACACCGAUUCUGGACCGAGAUAUACCAGGGUGCAAAAUUGUUCUAUCUCUCGGGGAUAAUCAACGAUCGAUACCCGAACCAAGAAAUUCAGAAUCUAUCGCGUUUCAUUUCAAUCAUGAAGUUUCGACCAUUGAUUUGGCGAAACACGCAUCCGUAUUUAUUAGCGGACCGUGUCGAGGAUUUAACGGAUCCGGAGCAAGUUCGACAAAAUCCUAUUUGUGAUCGGACUGUUACUUUGUACGGGUAUUUGCGGGGAACUAAUAUGAAGACUAAUAUGAAGGUUCAUAUACCAGGUGCCGGAGAUCAAUAUUUGGCCGACAUUUCUGUGCUGCCGGAUCCUUGUCCGCUGCCAGAUAAAGUACGCAGAAGCUUGAGUGAAAAACAAAAACUUAUUUACGCGCCGAUGUCAGAAGUUGGAGGUAUCAUGUAUGAUAAAGAUGCCGUGUAUAUUAAUGUACCGGGAAAUUUCACCAAAAAGGCGGAACAAACAAACAAUAAUGCAGACGAAAAAAAUGAGCCUAGUCCGCCGCAGGGACCUGGUGAAAGAAUGGUUAUCGAGUUGCAAGAUGCUCCUGAUACUCUUUCGUCAAAAUUGGAGGCGAGUGAAAUUCGGAUUUUUGCUGAUUCUGCGCCGAUAACUGCUGCAAAUAUUGAUGAUGAGGAAAAUUCAAAGGAUUUAAUUGAAUUGAAUGAACAAGACUCUCAAGGGCGUUUUCGUCGUAGAGCAAUUUUUCGAGAAAAAACUAACGGUAGUUUUUCUAGCAAUGAGGAUACAUUUGAUGAACAUUUUGAUAAAUUAGCUUCUCAAUCUAAAUCAUAUAUGGAAGCUAGUGAUCAAAGUGUAGAAGAGGAAUUAACAGAAAAGGAAGAGGAUGAUAAGGAUGAUUCAAGUGAGGAUGAAAUUUAUUGUGAAUUAGAGGAAGAAAAUGACGAUUCUUAUGAAUUGGAAACUGAUAAUGAAGAUGAUGACGACGAAGAUGAAGACGAGGAAAGUAAGGAUGUAAAAAUAAAAAAAAAAGUUUCACCUGAACAAAAUGAGGUGAACAAGAGAGUUGCCUUUACCAAAAAUGAAUUAAGUCUUGAUAAAGGAGGCGAAGAGAAAGAAAUUGCAUUUGCCGAAAGUGACAGUGAACUCGGUGAUCUUUCUAAUAGCGAACUAGAAGACAAUAACUCAGAUACUGAUGGCGCACUACGAUGGAAAUCUAAUAUUGCGGAAAAAGCUAAAGAAAUGUUUAUCGCCAAUAGAAGGCAAAAUCUCAUGCAACUUAUAUAUGAAGAAGAGAAGUCGCCUGAGGAGAUAAUUAGAAAUCUUGUAAAUUCGAAGCAUAAUCAUGAGGAUAAAAAUGGUGGAUCAUUGAAUUUAGUUGAUUCUGUUAAAGCUGGUCUUGAUGAUAUUCAUUUAGAUGAGUGGGAUGAAGAAAAAACUUUACAAUCGAUAAGAAAUCGAUUUAUAACUGAUCUAGAAACUGGCCAAGUCGUUAAGGCUGAUGAAAAAACUCUAAAAACCAAAGAACCAUUAGAAUCCGAAGAACUCGCACGCAAAAAACAAGAACUCAAAAAAAAGUUCGAUGCCGAAUACGACAAAGAUGAUGAUUCUGACACAAAAUUAGAUUAUUACGACGAAGUAAAAGAAGGGAUCGCCAAACAGCUACAACUAAAUCGUGACGAGUUUGAAGACGAUGACGAAGUCACACGUGCUAUGCUAGAGGGAUUCAGACCUGGUUUGUAUGUACGAAUAUUACUAAAUAAUAUGCCAGCAGAGUUUGUGAAGUACUUUGAUCCUGUGUAUCCGAUUAUUCUUGGUGGAUUGUUGGCUACCGAGGAAAAUUUGAGCUUUAUUCAGGUACGAUUAAAAAGACACAGAUGGCAUAAAAAAAUUCUGAAAACGAAUGACCCGCUUAUUUUUUCGAUGGGCUGGCGUCGGUUUCAAACGAUUCCGCUUUACUCCCUUAAUGAUGGAACGCGCGACAGAAUGCUCAAAUAUACACCGGAGCAUAUGCAUUGCAUAGCUACUCUUUAUGGUCCUAUUCAUCCUCCAAACACCGGCUUUUGUGCUGUACAAUCUGUUGCUAAUGACAACACGUCAGCUUUUCGUAUAAGCGCAACAGGCGUAGUUCUUGAUAUCAACCACUCAGUUGAAAUCGUAAAAAAACUAAAGUUGACUGGCACUCCGUACAAAAUUUUCAAAAACACCGCUUUCAUCAAGGACAUGUUUAAUUCUGCGUUAGAGGUGGCAAAAUUUGAGGGAGCAGGAAUUCGGACUGUUUCUGGAAUUCGCGGUCAAGUUAAAAAACCGCUACCUAAACCAGAAGGACACUUUCGCGCUACAUUUGAAGAUAAAAUCUUGAUGAGCGACAUUGUUUUCCUGAGGGCCUGGUACCCAAUCAAACCUAAAAAGUUUUAUAAUCCUGUCACGUCGUUAUUACUUUCCACAAAGACCGAUUGGUCUGGGAUGCGAUUGACUGGACAGCUUCGCAAAGAAUACGGGAUUCCUACACCAUCUAAUCCCACUUCAACUUAUAGGCCUAUAGAACGACCAAUCCGUCGAUUCAACCCUCUCCUUAUACCUAAAAGUCUUCAAUCAGAACUUCCGUUCGCAUCAAAACCCAAAGACUUGAAAAAACGUUCAAAACCAACCUACAUGCAAAAACGCGCGGUCGUCCUCGAACCAGAAGAGAAAAAAAUCUACUCUUUAAUGCAGCAGAUUCACACCCUCAAGAAAGAGAAAGAGAAAAAGCGUAAAGAGAAACAAGAGAUACGGCGAAUCGAGCAUGCUAAAAAAGUGGUGAAACAGGAAGCUGUUGUUGCGGAAAAAGAAAAAGAAAGUAGAAAACGGUUUUUUAAGAUGCAGGGAUUGAUGGCUACUAAAAAAAGCAGUGGAGAAAGAUCGUCAAAAAAAGUGAAAACGAAACAUGUGGAUGAAUAA